GGAGCGGAUUUGGGCUUGAAUGGAGCCGCGCAAGCAUCAAAUGUGGCCGUUUUCGUCUUAUCCUCUCUUGCCCUUCCUCAGACUACUUUCUUAUCCGCUUUACAAGCUUGUAUUUUGAUCCCUGGAUUUGAAAAUAGUAUUUAAAAGGCACUGCUAUGUUGCAACCCGCUUCUCUCAUGUUGUACAACUUUUAAUUUCCUCAAUUUCCUCCCAUUGGUUUUUCAAUACCCCUUUAAAGGCCGUAUCAGAUUGAAAUCAUCCAAAUUUUCCAUCCUCUCAAGAUCACCUACGCCUACCGUUGUUUACAUUGCUUCUAUGUGUAAGGGGUACCAACAUGAUUCCUUCAGGGCCAUCAGAUUUGCCGCUGCAGCUAAAUCCAUGGGAAGACCAUGCUCUUGGUUACGAAUUUCCAACCCAGCCUACCACUCAUGUGGGAAGCAGCAACAGUUCUCCCGCUACUUGGAUACAACUUCCAGACCCCAUGAUAUACCCUGGUAUCUACUCGGCUAGCGGGAUAGAUGUGAUGGGCAUCUUGCUCCGACUUGUGUCUCGACCGAACCCCUGCAUUGAACUCGGCCCUCUCGACUGUUCUGUCUCGCUCACAUUAUGCGACCUCAACUUACCAGAUACACCCAUCGUCUAUGCUUCCCCAGGAUUCUACGAGUUGACUGGCUACUCUGCUACGGAAACCAUUGGUAGAAAUUGUCGGUUUCUACAAAGCCCUCCUUAUGUACAUCAAACAGCCGGAUCCGGUCGGGUUUCAGAGAGCGCCGAACCAAUCACGAAGAUGCGGCGUGCCAUCCGAGCCAAUAAAGAAGUCCGAGUUGAAAUCGCCAACUAUAAGAGAAACGGGACACGGUUCACUAACAUCGUCACCAUACUGCCCUUACUCCCAGACGCUGACGGACAUCACUAUGUCGUCGGGUUACAAGCCGAAGCAUGAAAACAGCCCAUUCUGAAGAUGUUGGGGCGCUACGUAUAACAUCUUCGGAAACAAUCCCUUUUUAAAUACACCAAAAACGACUAGAUAUAACGACAUCGUAUCUGCGAAAAUUUGAGCGUAUCUUCAUUCAAGCCUGCAAAUAACGUCUCUUUGGCGCGCUUGAAUUUUGGAUCAUGAAUAUACCUGAC